AUGGCUCAAUUUGGUAGAAACUUAUAUACUAAUGGCAAUUUCACUGCGACGUCACUAGUUGUAUGGGCUUCAAGAUCAACGGCAAUCGUUGUUUAUCCUACAGUAGCGACAAUAAUGACAUUUUUUGGUCACACGCAUAAAGACCUAUACAGAGAGGGAUGUCAAACUUUUGGCAAGGGUCGGCUGUCAAUCUUAAAUGUUAUGAAGAAAAUAUUUCCAUUGACGAUGGUAUCCGUAGUGGGAACAUAUUGCAAUUAUUAUGCCCUUUCACUGACCUCUGCAACUAAUGUAACGGCCGUGACUGCUGCCUCUGCUGCUUUCGUUUAUAUUUUAUCAUUAAUAUGGCUGAAAGAGCCGUUCCUAGUUUUGCGGAUGCUCGCUGUCUUAACGUCAGUAGCUGGUGUCAUUUUAAUAGCCUAUUCUGAAGGUUUUGGAUCUUAUGGAAGUAUCGGUAUUGCUUUGGCUACUGGAAAUGCAAUCUUUUCAUCAUUUUUUCGCGUAGUAGAAGUUCUGAAUAUUACCGACAUCAAUGAAGAACAUAUCUUAACAGCAAAUAGUUAUAUUAUUCAAUUUACGCUAAUGUUGAAGUCCAACUGA